AUGGCCACGCCUCCGCCAUCAGCGAAUCUAAUCCAGCAGCGAGUAUGGGCCGGGCAGGUCCCGCUGAAAAUUGUCCUUUCGCCGUCUGAAUCCAGACGGUUUGACCAGACGGAUCCAUACAUCGUACGCCUUUUUCCCAGCCCCUUUCACUAUCUGUCUCGGGACCUGACUAUGACCCGGCGACAGAUAUCCGUCUCGCGACUUUCGUAUCUGCCAUUCCUACUGCCCAGACUCCUGGCGUUCUUCUCGUCGUCCCUGAUUGACCCGGACGUGGAAUCGCACCACGGCUGGUUCUCCUUCGAGGGCGUUCCGCUGCGGUGGCAUUACCCCGUGGGUCUGCUAUACGACCUAUACGCCGGGGCGGACCCGGUCACGUCGAGGACCUCUCUGACCCCAGACUCGGAAUCCGAGCUCCGCUUGUAUCGUAGCACGCAGCCGCCGGACGACGAGGGCGGGGAGGCCCGCAGUAGCAGUAGCAGCAGGAGGAGCAAGAGCAAGAGCAAGGGGCUACCCUGGACGGUCUCCAUCCAUUUCCACGACUGGCCGGAUCAAGACCUCAUCCGCCUAGACGCCGAGGGCAAAGUGCUCCACGACGCGUUCGUCAACAGCGUCAAGGAGGCUGAUUUCCUUCGGAACGGAACCGCGAAGCAGAUCAUGACGCUAUCGAAGCAGGAUUCGUCCGGGCUGUGGAAAAGCGUUGAAGAGCACGACCUCCCCGCCUACCAGCGCAUCCACAACACCCUGCUCGUCCCCUCCACGCCGUUCCGCAACAUCCCCAUCCGCAUCUUCCUGCCCAGCCCGCCGGAUUCCUCCGUCCCCGCUCUCCGGGUCAUCCAGUCGCCGGUGCCCCCGCUCAUUAUUGCUCCGCCGUCGCCUCCAGUAAUGAUAGCAUCGUCAGCCAGCGCCUCGGCGCCGGCCGCCUCGCGGCCCGCCGCGCCGCAAACGCAGACCAUUGGCACCGCGCUCCACGCCUUGCUGCCCAGUUUGUUUCCGAGUAAGCGGAUUCCCAUGCUGGCCAAGCCGGUGCUGCAUGGCGCCGUGGUCCCCAUGAAUGCGCCGGUGGAGGAGAUUGUGAGGUGUGCCGGGUAUGCGGAUGGAUGGCUGGGUGUUGUUAUCUCGAUGAUAGGGUAG